AUGUGGCCACGCCGCUUCGCUCGCCGCGCCGCUCCACCGCCGCUGCUCGCAUUGCCUUCGGUCCUGCUGCGGCGCUGCUCCUCGACCCGCAGCCACGCCGCACCGCUGAGCGACGAGCGCAUCAUGCAGCCGGCAAGUGAGCACGGCCGCUGGCUGCAGCUCGUGCCCGCCUGCCUCUCCGGCGCGUCCAUCGGCACCUACCUGGCCACGCCGGCCGUCCUCGGGCCGCACAUCUGCCGGGCGCAGGGCGUCGUGGCCCAGAUGCCGACCGACUUUGCCUUCAGCGCAAUCCCGCAGGCGGCCGUCCUGGGCGGCGCGACGAGCGCCGUCGCCAGCGUCCUCCUCGCGCCGCACGUGGCGCGCAUGGGCACGCGGCGGAUCGCGCUCGCCGGCGCAUGCCUCUUCCCGGGCGGCAUGCUUCUCGCCGCGCUCGCGGUUCAUGCCAAUCACUGGCCGUUGUACGCCUUCAGCACCACCGUCGUCUCUGGGCUCGGCUUCUGGUGCGUCUAUCCGCAGAUGCCGCCCUUCCUCGCCACCAAGUGGUUCGCCGACGGCCGCCGCCGCGGGCUCGCGCUCUCCCUCUACUUCGCCGCCUUCGGCUCGGGCCUCUUCUUCGCGACGCCCUUCCUCGAGGCCGCGCGCGACCUCUCCGCCAGCGGCUUCGCGGACUCGCUCCGCGAGGGCGUCUUCCUCCUCGACGGCGCGAGCGGCGCAGCGGAGGCCCUCGCCGCCCUCGCAGGCCGCACGCCGCAGCUGUGGCUGCUGGCGGGCGGCACGCUCGGCCUGUCGAUGGCGGGGCUGCCCUUCCUCUCGGUCGGCAAGCUGAUGAUGUCCGACCUCGGCUCGGCCGCCGCCGCCGCGGCAGUGGCGGGAGGCGCGGCUGUGGGGCCCAAUCGGCGACGCGGCGGGCUGCGGUCGGACGCUCUGCCUUGCAUGCCGCUCGCGACGCGCGCACUCGCGGGCGGCGCCGACCCCGAGACCGCCCUCACUCUCUUCCGUGCCGCGACGUGCGUCAAUGUCGGCGCUUACGCGGGCGUGCCGGCGACUGCGGACCUGUUUGGCUCAGCCGACGCUGCGGCCAUCUACCAGCGCAUCGGCGCGACCAUCACUUUCGCCUCGCCCCUCGGCGCCGCCGUGUGCACGCGCUUGCGCGAUGGCGCCUAUGCGCAGCACGCAGCGGCGCUGACCGAGCUGUGUGACGAGGCCACUUUCGCCGCCAC